GUAUUUUCCAUUACAUUUAUGUAUGGUAUCAUGUUAUAUUCUAUCACAAUUAAUGCGUUAAUCAAUCGUUUGUCUUGUGAUGAUUAGUGUGUAGCGGAGCGAUAUAUUUUCUACUACGGUAAAGGAGUCAUUUCCCGCCAGAAUCCUACGCAUCGUAUACAUUGUAAUACCUUCAGUUGUAAAACGUCAAAAUUUGUCAACAAAAAGAGGAUAGUAGAGGCCAAAAUUUACAAGGUCUUUGCAAAACACCUAAAACUUCAAUAUGAAGAUGGCUAUAUACCAGCGAGGCCUUGAGAAAAGGCGUCUAAGUGGAGUAUACGACAGCGAAAAUAACUCGUUCCAAACAGAAAUCGGAAGCUCCCCUCCCUCAUCCCCUGGAUCACAAUCUGAGAAUGCACCCCCAGAAACUGAUAAACGUCUUCGUCGGGAGAUUGCUAACAGCAACGAACGUCGUAGAAUGCAGAGCAUCAACAGCGGUUUCCAGACUCUCAAGGGUGUGAUACCCCAUCAAGAUGGCGAAAAAUUGAGCAAGGCUGCUAUUCUACAACAGACCUCAGAAUUUAUCCAAACUUUGGUGCGUGAAAAGGAACGUUUGAUUUCCCAGAAUGCAUCACUGAAACAGAUGCUGACUGAUUUGUCUGUGCGGCAUGGCGAUCUGGAUAGCCAUCCGGGGUCACCACCUGCGAAACGGAAAAAAAGAGAUACUGAAUCGUCAGAUGAGGGAAUUGGAUUAACCGAGCGCGAUGACUAUGAUGACAUUAAGAAAGAAAUCCUUGAAUUGCGUAGUGAGCUCCAAAAAGAACGCCAACUCCGUCAUUUAGCCGAAGAAAAAAUGCUUGAUAUGCUCGAAGUUCAAAAAUUCCAAAAUUCAGUUGUUCCCUCGAAGGUUCCAGCGUCACCGCUCGCUCCAUCAGAUCCGGCACCCGUUAGCCCUGUUCACACGUCACCAUUGGCCAAAAGAGAAAGUAGCACUUGUUACGCACCACCUGUUGUACCAAGAAGGCAUUCGAUGGAAGAAACAACACGUCCUGAGACUGUUGCCAUGCCGACCAUUGUAGAACCGGUACCUCCUCCAAGACCAAGUGUUGUCAUGACAACGAUGCAACCUGUCCCAUUACCAGCGGUAACUCAAGAGCAACAACACCCCUACAAUCUAAAUAGCUCGAUGUCACGUCGUAACCUGGAAACAAUUGUAGAAGCAAUCCGCCAUCUUGAAGGCGACGCUGUUUUAGAGGAUGCACCAGCAGCUGCAAAACCAAUUAGCCCACUGAGGAGAGAAGACUCAUAUUCAGGGGAAGAAUCAAAGUGUGAAAGUAGUUCCGGAGCCGAUUCUCCCCCAUAUUCAAUAAACAUUCAGGCAUCUGCCAUAAAACAGGAGCUCCCAAGCCACAAGUAUCCCAUCACAAUGCAGGUCCUUCAUAGACCCACAAUUCCACCAUUUUAUCACCUCCCUCACACCCCUAUACAGUUAGUGCAGAAGUUAUAACACCCAGUGACCGCUUUCUGGCACCCUUGAUAUACAAUUCACAGUGCAAUCUCCUAACCCAAUCUUGGCGGUAGCGGACAGUCGAACGCACAAAUUAUUUAUCCGCUGAGGUUGGCAACAUGCCCGUGGCUUAUGAGUCACACUAAUCCCCUAGCCCAGUGAUCAGCCGUCAUAUCAUCCUACAACCAUUCACUUCACCAUUAGUAUCAUUGCCAUGGUUACAAAGCAUGUAAAGAAUUGUUAUGGAAAUGUUUGUAAAUAUUUGUGAACUACAACUUAUCAUUUCCUGUUAAUAUUUUAAAUUAAUAUAUUAUGUGGGUGCAUAACCGACAGAGUGUUGCCAUAAGCUAAAAGAAAGCCUUUAGCGUUAUAUACAAAGAGGUUAUUGGGUUUGUUAAAAAUGCCAAGGCUAUAAAAUUCUUGCCCAAAUUGGUCGAGCCUAUAUUUGACUUAAACAAGACAUUGUUUGUUAUGUACCUACUGGGAAUUCUGUCAAAUGUCCACUUGUGGGCAGUAAUGCACACUUGGUUGGCAAUAAUGCACACUUAGUGGGCAAUAAUACACAAUUGGUGGGCAGUAAUGCACACUUGGUUGGCAAUAAUGCACACUUGGUGGGCAAUAAUACACACUUGGUGGGCAAUAAUGCACACUUGGUGGGCAAUAAUGCACACUUGGUGGACAAUGAUGCACACUUGGUGGGCAGUAAUGCACACUUGGUUGGCAAUAAUGCACACUUGGUGGGCAAUAAUACACACUUGGUGG